CUGGCAGAGAUGCCUUUCGUCUGAGGCUGCCCUGGUGGCUCCCUCCUCCCCUCUGGGUCAGGAUGGAAAAGGAUCCCAUCACUCACAGGAGGCACCGGCCUGGUCCUGGAGCCCUGCCCUCAGGAAUAGUCCCUGGAUACCUCAAGGUGACCACUGAGGGGGCUGAACUCCAGAGGAGCAGGAGUGUGGGUGGCUUACACCAGAAGGGGGAUCCACCAGUCUGCAUCAGGAAGCUACUACGCAAGGAGCCAGAGUCUGAGGACCAAGGUAAAGAUUCACGAAGUGACACGGAUGAUACCACCUGUCAGGUGAGCCUAGAGGAAGACAGAAAGAAAAAGAGCCAGGAUGAGCCCAGAAAACUGGAUGAGAAGAGCGACUCAGAGGCCAGCACCUCAGAACAGGAUGGUGCCCAAAAAGGAAGACACACCUCAAUGGCCGAGGAGCAAGAGCCAGAAUCCAUGAAGCUGAAUAACCUUCUAGAAAAACAGAAACCAUCUGUAUUUGUGGAGAUCGACCUGGGAGACCAUACUGAGGAGGAGAUAGUCACCUGUGCCGUGAGAGAAGAGAAGAGGCCCCCCCUGGACACAGGGGACUUGUCAGAGGAUGAGACAAGGACCAGCUGGAUGUGCUGCAUCCCGUAUUCCACAAAGAAGAAAGUGAAGGAAACUGCCAAUGCUUUGGAGAAGAAGCACCAGUCGUCUCAGGACAGGACCCCUCUGACUCAGCCACUAGUAGAACUCUCUGGGGACUAAGGGAAGACAGCCCAGGCCUGGAACCGCUUCAUGAUCCCCACUCCAUGGGCAGGGCCAGAGUGACAGCAGCCAACGGAGACC